AUGGCCCCUAUUCCUUUCAUUGGCCGUUUGAACAUAGCCGAGUACAUCGCACUGGUGGGAUCUUUCUUUCUGGUUGGAUUAGAGGCAUUGAUACGGAUCCUUACUCUUUUAUUGCCAUCAACAAUAAUAUCACUCUGCUAUCGAAUAUCGAGGCGGUUGUUCAAUCGGCUCAGGUCACCAGCAGAAAAAAGGUCGGAGGCAAAGAACAAGAAUAUCUCUACCUCGGUUCGAAACGCUUCCGAUUUUGUCGACCUCUGCGCCCUAUUCGGAUACUACGCUGAAGAGCACGUUGUGCAAACUGGUGAUGGAUAUCUAUUAGGCCUGCAUCGUCUGGCGUGGCGGAAAGGGGAAGAGGAACAGAAAGUCAAUAAUGGGAAGAAUAGCAUACGGAAGAAUGUUGUCUAUAUGCACCAUGGCCUGCUCAUGAACAGCGAAGUGUGGGUGUGCUUGACAGAUGAGCAGAGAUGUUUGCCUUUCAAACUUGUGGAAAAGGGAUAUGAUGUUUGGUUUGGCAAUAAUCGGGGAAACAAGUACUCCAAGAAGUCUGUCCAUCACUCGCCAGUAGACAUACCAUUUUGGGAUUUCUCAAUGGACGAAUUUGCUUUCCAUGAUAUCCCAGACAGCAUUAACUACAUCCUCGCAACUACAUCAGCACCUUCACUAUCUUAUAUCGGAUUCUCCCAAGGCACUGCUCAGGCUUUCGCCACGCUGGCCGUUCAUCCUCGACUCAACGACCAGGUCAAUGUUUUUAUUGCUCUCGCACCAGCUAUGUCACCAGCUGGCCUUUCAAAUGGCAUCGUUGAUGCACUUGUCAAAGCAUCUCCUCAGGUCCUCUUCCUUCUUUUUGGCCGACGUUCUAUCCUCAGUUCGGCCACAAUGUGGCAAUCGAUUCUCUAUCCUCCAAUCUUUGUGAGAACCAUUGAUAUGGGCCUCUCAUUUCUCUUUGGCUGGCACGCUCGCAAUAUCUCGCCAAGCCAAAAACUAGCCGCUUAUCCCCACCUGUACUCUUUUACUAGCACGAAGAGUGUGGUCCACUGGUUUCAGAUUAUCAGAACGAAGAGCUUCCAGAUGUACGACGACGACGUCCAACCGGUCGUCUCUCUCAGCAGCGUCAGCAAAUACACCAAAGUUGCCAAAUUCCCAACGCGGAAUAUCAAGACACCCAUUGUUCUCGUUUUUGGAGGAAGUGAUUCUCUAGUUGAUAUCAAUGUCAUGCUAAAGGAGCUUCCAUCUCAUACGGUUGCAACUGAGAUUCCACAUUACGAGCAUCUCGAUUUUCUAUGGGCACGAGAAGUCGAUACUUUAGUGUUUCCUCACGUGUUCGACGCCUUGGAAAGUUUCUGCGACGCCGAGCAUUCAAAGGAAGAGUACGAUCGAUAUCGAAGCGCACGCCAUGCUUCACUCGGUGUAGGAAUGAGCAGACCAACCUUGCCAGAACGUUAUUUUAGCGAUGACAACAUUCAACCUAGUUAUGUUGACGUUGCCAGCGCCCUUUCUGGGCAUGAUGUUGAUGCACUGGCCAAACGGAAGAAUGGGACGACGUCUGAUGUAUCGUUUCCCAGCGCCAAUGCCAAGAAAAGGGCGAGGAUACAAGUUACUUAUGACGAUUCUUCGGAAGGGUCAUCGCCCAUUGCACCGACGCAUGUGCGAACGAUUUUGGUUAAUGAUGGUGAGGAUAUGAAUGGUAAUGGAAGAACGAGUCCAACGACAAGCAAGUUGCGGCCAAUGAGGAGUAACAGUAUUGGAAGCAACCUCAGUUUUGCUGACAAAGGGCUGAGAGGAAUUAGCCUUGGGGCUGGAAAGGCUGUAAGUGGUGUGUCGAAAGGUGUUGAGACAGUGGGAAACAUGACGACAAGUUCUGAUGAUGCUGGCAGUUCAGGUGGUAGAAAGAGAGGAAAGAGGUAA